UUGUACAGCGGAGAAGCUCUGGCUCUGCCCAGGGUUCAGUGUCCCAACCAUCCCGAUGCCAUACUAGUGGAGGACUACAGAGCAGGGGACAUGAUUUGUCCUGAAUGUGGCCUUGUUGUAGGUGACCGUGUCAUCGACGUGGGUUCAGAGUGGAGGACGUUUUCCAACGAAAAAGCUCUAAAAGAUCCAUCCAGAGUGGGCGACGCCCAGAACCCACUUCUCAACGGAGGAGAUCUCACCACCAUGAUCAGCAAGGGGACGGGUGCAGCCAGUUUUGACGAAUUUGGCAACUCCAAGUAUCAGAACCGGCGGACCAUGAGCAGCUCCGAUCGGGCAAUGCUGAACGCCUUCAAAGAGAUCAGCACCAUGGCAGAUCGCAUCAACCUGCCAAGGAACAUAAUAGACAGAACAAACAACUUAUUCAAGCAGGUGUACGAACAGAAGAGCCUAAAGGGGCGAGCCAAUGAUGCCAUCGCAUCCGCCUGCCUCUACAUCGCAUGCAGACAAGAGGGCGUACCCAGAACUUUUAAAGAGAUCUGCGCCGUCUCCAGGAUCUCCAAGAAAGAGAUCGGGAGGUGCUUCAAGCUGAUCCUGAAGGCGCUGGAGACCAGCGUGGACCUCAUCACCACUGGCGACUUCAUGUCGCGCUUCUGCUCCAACCUCGGCCUGCCCAAGCAGGUCCAAAUGGCGGCCACCUACAUCGCCAGGAAAGCCGUGGAGCUCGACCUGGUGCCCGGCAGGAGCCCCAUCUCAGUGGCGGCGGCAGCCAUCUACAUGGCGUCCCAGGCCUCUGCAGAGAAGAAGACCCAGAAAGAAAUCGGCGACAUCGCCGGUGUUGCAGACGUCACAAUCCGACAGUCCUACCGUCUCAUCUACCCACGUGCAGCAGAACUCUUCCCUCCAGACUUCAAGUUUGACACGCCGGUCGACAAACUGCCCCAGCUGUGA